CCAGAGGUUACAAAAGGAGGACCUGGUUAGGAAUUAAAAGUCAACACUGGAUUUAUUACGGCACUGAAUCAGCAGCAGGCUGCGGGGAAAUUAGCUGUUUCAGUCAACACAUGAGGUGGCCAUACUGGAAGAGCUGAGGUUUAUCUGACAGCGGAGAAGAGCCUCUGCAUCUCCACAUGACUUUAGGGGAAUAAUCAGUGACAAAGAUGGAGCUUUUAUCAUUCAAAUCCACAUCAGAGCUCCUGUUACUCUGCUGCUGCUUCAGUCUGCUUUUGACUGUAACAGUGAACUCCUCUAGAUUAGAACCUACAACAACAGGAGAACUAACAGAACCUGCUCCUGGAUAUGUAAUAAAUGUAUCAGUGGAGACCCAGAACAGCAGCAGUAUAACUCUGAAGUGGAACAAAGUUAACAACAUCUCAACAUAUAAACUGGAAUAUGAUUCUGGCAUUAAGGAGAUCAAUGAUGCUGCUGGUGAAACAUUUGUACAACAUCUUGUCUCUGAUCUGACUGCUGGGACAGAAUAUAAUUUCACUCUCUUCACUGUGUUGAAUGAACUCAGCAGCUCUGGAUUUAAUUUCUAUGCUGCUACAGCUCCUGACAAUGUAGACAGUGUAUCAGUGGAGACUCAGAGUGUUAACAGUAUAACUCUGAAGUGGAACAAAGUUAAUGACAUCUCAACAUAUAAACUGCAGUAUGAAGAAAAUGGUGGUAAUGUCACUAAGGAGAUCAGUGAUGCUGCUGCAGUUGUACAACAUGUUGUCUCUGAUCUGACUGCUGGGACAGAAUAUAAUUUCAUUCUCUUCACUGUUUUGAAUGAACUCAGCAGCUCUGGAUUUAAUUUCUCUGUUGCUACAGCUCCAGAAAAUGUCAAUAAUGUAUCAGUGGAGACUCAGAGUGUUAACAGUAUAACUCUGCAGUGGAACAAGGUUGAUGGCGUCUCAACAUAUAAACUGGAAUAUGAAGGAAAUGGUGUUUCUGUCAUUAUGGAGAUCAAUAAUACAGAUGCAGUUGUACAACAUGUUGUCUCUAAUCUGACUGCUGGAACAGAAUAUAAUUUAAUUCUCUUCACUGAGGCCAAUGGAGUCAACAGCUCUGGAUUCUCACUUUCUGCUCUUGCAGUUCCUCUGAGUGUGAAGUCGGUUCGUGUUUCGGAGCGUUUAGUGGACAGAGUAACUUUACAGUGGAAGAAUCCAGAUCAAGCCUGGAAAUACAAACUGAGUAUUAACGACACAAACGCAUCUAUAACUCAACAGGAGACGAGAAGAAAUGUUGUGUCAUAUUUAAUCUCCAACCUCAAGCCUGGGACGAUGUAUCAGUUCAGAGUGAUCACAGUGUUCUCUGGACUGAACAGUGCUGCUUUCGUUGGUGACACAGUGACACAGAUCAACUGCAUUGCUGUAUCCUGGAGCGUCACCAACUCAUCGAUCCAGGGAACAGUUGAAGGAUUGUUCUCCAGGGCCACGGCCUCUAAUGGAUCUGAAACUCACGAAAGUCCUGAAGGGAAAAACGUGACAUUUUCCAACCUCCAUCCUGGAGCAACCUAUAACAUUUCUCUACUGUAUGAAACAUCGACUGAACCUUAUCUACAGUGUAGCAUCAAAAUACCCAUCAUUCCUCCUUCUUUAGCUCCUCUCUGCAGCUACUGGGGUUCUGGCUACAGCGCUCUGAUUAAAUGGGACAAACCGGAUGGUGUGUGGACGACAGCUGAACUCAACAUAAACGGAAAAAAUAUCACUUUAACACCAAACCAGAACCGUCUCACUGUGGACGGACUUCAACUGGCCAAAACUUAUAAAGUCUCUGUGAUUUCAAAGCUGGAAACAAAAUCUGAUCCUUUAACAUCUGAACCAUCCAUUUUUUUCUGUUCCACUGAUAACAGAGGAGUCAUUGGAGGAUCUGUGUUCGGUGUUCUGCUUUUUGCUGUUCUCAUCGGUGUCAUUGUGUUUCUUGUUCGUAAAAAGCCAGAUUUUAUCCGCAGACAAACAUCUUUCAUCCUUGAAUCCAAAACAACAGAAAGAAAUAAGAGAACUGUUUCUGCAGCCAAAUUUCCAGACCACUUCCAGCAGCUGAGUUUGGAUGAAAACAGAGGCUUCAGUCAGGAAUACGAGGCUCUCGUUCCUGUUGGCACAGGCCAGACAUGUAAGGCAGCGAUUCUACCAGAAAACAGAGAGAAGAACCGUUUUAACAUCCUGCCUUACGACUGGUGUCGGGUCAAGCUUAACACAUCAGCCCCCAAAGAGACGGGCUAUAUAAAUGCCAGCUACAUACCAGGCUACAACACCAGCAGAGAGUACAUCGCCACGCAGGGUCCUCUGCCCUACACAGUUGUUGAUUUCUGGCGGAUGAUUUGGGAACAAAAAGUGAAGAGAGUUGUCAUGGUAACCAACCACAUCGAAGCAGGACUGACCAAAUGUGCACAAUACUGGCCUGAAGACACGAAUCAGAGUCAGUAUGGAGACGUGUUGGUCUCUGUAACAUCUGAACUGAAGGAACAAAACUGGACACUGAGGCAGUUUACUGUCAAACAGAAAAGAAGCUCAGAGGAACGAUCAGUCAGACAUUUCCACUUCACUGUCUGGCCUGACCGCGGAGUCCCUCAGGGCACAGAGGUUCUGAUCCAGUUCAGAAGGAUUGUGAGGCAGGACAUAGAGCGUGACGGAUCAGAAUCACCAACCGUGGUUCACUGCAGUGAUGGAGUGGGAAGAACAGGAACGUUCAUCGCUCUGGACUUCCUGCUGCAGCAGCUGGAAAAACAACAAGCUGUCGGCAUCAAGGACUUUUUACACAGGAUGAGGCGACAUCGAUCACACAUGGUGCAGACGGAGUCGCAGUACAUCUUCCUGCACCAGUGCAUCAUGGACCGCCUGCAGCCACCCGGCGGCCAGGAUGAACACGUUUAUGAGAACGACGACAUGUUGUACGCAAACUCCAUCCAGCUUCAAGAAAUGAUUUAACACAAAACUAGUUUCAGUCCUGGAAAAACAGUAGAUGAUGGUGAACCAACUGUGGACAGACUGAUAAAAAUAUUGGUAAUAUCGAUACCAAGUCGGUAUUGGUAUUGGAUAGAUGUUAAAAUUGACACUUUGGUUUCAGAUUUUCUGUUGAGAUUUAUUUUAUUUUUGUAUUUUUUUAUUUCUACCUUAAAAGAAGAUGUGAGAUUUGCUCUGAAAUGUUUUUGCACUUUAUUUUUUAUUUUUUCCAGUUUAUUAUGUUGAUGUUAAAGUAUUUUGUAGACGCCUAUCAACUUUUUCCAAAUUCUUUCUUAGCUUUUAACAAAAUAUUUCAAAGAAUAAACUAAAAAACAGGUCAGAAGUUUAUUAAAACAAACUUAAAUAAUAAAAAGUAUCUCUAUCGGUAUCAGAGAUACUGGUUGUGUGUUUACUUGCUAUCAGAUCGAUGCCAAAAUAUGUAGCAUUGCUCACCUCUAGUCAAGAUGUGAUUGUUUUAUACUGAAUGUUUAAUAAAUGUUGUACUGUAAAAAAUAUCUUGUGAAAUUGUACAUUUCCUUCCUUCCAAGUUUAAUAAUUAUGGAGCCAAUUUAGGAAAAUUUCUCUUCAGGUGGCUAAAAAAAGACUUAAAUUUGAUCAAAAAUCUCAAAAUAUUAAUGUAAGAAACGUUACUCAGAACUAGAAAACUCAAUUCAGAGUAAAAGUGAUUUUAUAUUCAUUCAAAUUACCAAGCAAUAAACUUCAGAGUCUCCAAGGGAUAAAAUACAACAAAAAUAUUAUCUUUAACUGGAAAUGUUAUCUUCAACACAAGAACAAUGCUUUAUCUCCUUGACUAGCAUAAAAAAAAAUUAGACAUUUAAUAGAAAAUGUCAGAACAUUUACCAGCUAAUGGAAUAUAAAUAAAACCACAUCAAACCAAAACUCUAACCACGGACUUAAACUCAGUACAGCGUUAGAUUUUACAGGAAAUCAAAACCACACAUAGAAAAUAUUUCAGCGGGGAAGUGGUGCAGCGUUGGGUGUUUGUAGGUUUUAUGCCACUAGUGAGGAGGAAGUGAUUCCAGCUGAGAGGAGGAAGUUCAGGAGCGGGCCCUGGUGGUUGAUGGAUGUAU